UCUCUCUCUCUCUCUCUCUCUCCACUGCUUCCUUAUCUCUCUUUUCCCAAAGGUUUGGUACAAUCCAAAGAACCAAAAUUUAGAAAAGUGAGAGAAAAACCAGACACUGGUUCUGAUCCGUUUAUCAAGGUUGAACAAAAAAAUCAUUGGAGUUAUGGGCACCCAUCAGCAGGAAAAGACCAGAGAAAAAGCUGUAGGAACCAGGCAUGAAGAAGAGAGGCUAAAAGUGGGAGGAAUUGGAAAAGAAUUAAGGCAAGCAGCAGCAAAGCAAGUGCAGCAACCAAGUACAGCUCCUGCCUCACCACCUUCAGCUUCCGCCUCUCCCUCUCAUGAAUUCUCCUUCACAAUCUCUCAACAGUCUUCUUCCACAUCAAUCCCUGAUCAUCAUAACAAGGCCAAAUCCACCCCAUCUUCUUUUGCUAUUGAUUUGUCCCCUGCAGAUGACAUUUUCUUCCAUGGCCACUUGCUUCCUCUCCAAUUGCUCUCUCACCUUCCUGUCUCUCCUCGCUCAUCAACCAACUCCCUGGACAGCUUCACUCUUUCCAUCAAAGACUUAUCAGAUGAUUAUCAGAGACCAACCAAAGAAAGCAGCAACAAUGCUAACAACUGCAGCACCAGCAUUGGCAGCAACAAGAAUAUCAUCAACAACAAGAACAACAGCUGCAGCAGCAUAAACCAGAGAAGCCCACAUCACAGCAACAAAAGUGAGGCAAGGGGAAGAACAAAGUCCAAGUCUUUCUCAUUAUUCGGGUUACCGAAAUGGCGAAAAGAUUGUGAAGACAGAGAAAAAGAAGACAAGGAGAUGAAGCACAAGAGGAAGAUGAGGUUUGAUGUGAGCCAUAUACUAAAGAGGUAUGUGAGAAUGGUCAGGCCACUAUUGUUAUUCAGAGGAAGAAAAGAGAAGGGCCAAUUCCGGAGGCAACCUUAUUCAUUUUCGGGCAAUCUAAGUUUGAGAAAUAAGCAUGAGCUGAGAGGAAGGAGAGGAGAGCUUUCAGCCCCAGCAUCAAUGAGAACAUCUCCAACAAAUAGUGGCCUUCUUGUUGCAACAUCAGCAACUAAUCUUCCUUCUUCCACCAUUGACAGCACCAUGGAAGAGUUGCAGGCAGCAAUUCAAGCUGCAAUUGCUCAUUGCAAGAAUUCCAUUGCCAGUGCCACAGAAGAGAAGAUCAAAUGCUAGGAUUAGAUAGGAGGGGGAAACGGGGGAAAUUGUUAUGUUUUACAUAUUAUUUGCAUAGAAGGUGGAUUU